UAAUGGCCUCUUCUUCUACUUCUUCUUCUCUUCUACUAUCUCUAUUGCUGUCGCUCCAUUGCUCGUACAGUCAUCUUCUUGAUGGUCCUCUGGAGUUUAGAGCCGUCCCCAUAUGUGCAGCCAUGGAUUUGAACAAGCCCAUCGUGCCCGCCCCGAGAGGAUAUGCGGUCAAUCUCGAGAAUCCGCAUCGACGUGGUAACCGUGGUCAGAAAACUGGCCUCAGACGAUUGGUGUCUCAUACUUGCAUGGGCUUUCUGCAUACCGGUACAGUCCAUGAUUAUCGCGCUCCAGCUGGGUUGAUUGGCAUACACACAUGGGAGCUUACUGGUCACCAACUCAACAAGAUCUCAAAGAUAACCCUCAUCACAACGGUUCUCUACUCGCCUGGCACCGCUUUCGCGAAGAUGUCCUUUCUCUGUUUCUACUUGAACCUGAAUCCAGCGCAAGGUUUCCGCAUUGGCGUCUACAUUACGAUGUUUGUCGUUAUCGGGUCAUGCGUCGGCAUUGACGUUUCACUGCUGGCAGCUUGCACACCCUUUGCGAAAAACUUCGAUGUCACGAUAAAAGAGGGAAAGUGCAUAAACAAAGGCGCGCUGUACAUUGCUACUGCCAUUCUCAACAUUGUCACGGACGUCAUGGUUCUAUGUUUGCCUAUUCCUAUGGUGUUAGGGCUGCAAAUGGCUAGGUCGCGGAAGAUGAUGCUGAUCUUGAUGUUCAGCUUGGGCUCGAUAACAUGCGUCACGAGUGCAGUGAGAGUAGCUGCGCUUCCUCCUAUGCUGGUCACGAAAGAUUCGUCUUGGGAUACUGUAUACCCUAGUUUCCUGAUCGUGGUUGAAGGUAGUCUUUUCAUUAUCACUGGUGCACUUCCAACAAUGCGAUUAUUCCUCCGGCAUGUAGCGCCUAAUUGGGUAGGGGACUCCGAAAGUCCUCGUAUAUCCACCCAUCGAGAGUCUGGACGGGAGUUACAGCAUGAAGGAAGGCACGGGACUUGUGAUAUCGAGGACGGAUUGUCUAUACGAGAGAUCUUUCCAUUAAAAGGGAGCACGAACGGUGCUGGGGAGUAGAUACCAGGCCAUAGAAGGCAUCUUGAAUGGUGAACUUCGUUCAUUGGAGGGUCUUCCAUCCGCAGUAGGGGCUUAUACUAUAUCUCUAUGACUUGCAUCAAUGGAUGAGGAUAUGUAUCGCAUGUAAUGGCUUGAAUACACGACGAUGAAUUAUUGGACGCACUUGGAUAUGAAAUGUGAUUGUUAGUUGAAAUUCUGGGGCUCUUAGCAGUUCCCUGCUU